GUAGUGUUUAUCUCCCUGGAGAGUGCAGAGUGCGUAACAGAGACGUGACUGACUGUCCAAGCAGCAAACGAGCCGAUCAGUGGUGAAGAGGAUAAAAGUAAAGUGGAAGUAAAGUGCUGUACGUCUGCUCUCAAGUGAAACAAGUUAAUCUCUUCUCUUUUCCUGUAAAAAAAUGUCAGGAAGACCAGCAAUAGGGAUAGACCUCGGCACGUGCAACUCCUGCGUGGCGGUGUUCCGUGAUGACAAAGUGCAGGUGAUCGCCAAUGAUUGUGGCAACUACACUACACCUUCCUGGGUCGCCUUCACCAGCACAACACGUGUGGUGGGUGACGCCGCCAAGGACCAGGUGGCCACCAACCCCGUCAACACUGUGUGGGGCGUCAAGCGACUUACUGACAACAAACUCAGUGACGUGAACGUGCAGAGCGACAUGAAACACUGGCCUUUCACCCUCAUAAGCUCCAACAUGAAGCCCAAGAUUGAAGUAACAUAUAAAGGUGAGAAUGAGACACUGUACCUUGAGCAGGUCACCGCCAUGGUGCUCAGCAAGCUGAAGGAAACCGCUGAAGCUCACCUGGGUACUACCGUGAUGGACGCGGUAAUUACCGUUCCUUCUAAAUUCAACACUUGUCAGCGCCAGGCGACCAGGGAUGCUGGCACCGUCGCUGGAUUAAAUGUGCUUCGUAUUAUAAGUGAACCCACAGCGGCUGCCAUCGCCUAUGGUCUUAGGAAGAAAUUUUGUGAAGAAAGAAAUGUUCUCAUCUUUGACGUUGGUGGCGGCUACACUAGUGUUUCCGUCGUGACCAUUGGUGACGGAACGUUUGAGGUCAAGUCUACUGCAGGAGACACACACCUGGGUGGUGAGGAUUUCGACAACCGCCUCGUUAAUCACUUCCUUCAGGAGUUUAAACGUAAAUACCAGAAGGAUAUAUCUGGACACAAACGUGCUCGUUGUCGCCUCCGUACAGCUUGUGAGAGUGCCAAGCGCUCACUCUCUUGCUCAACUCGGGCCAGUGUUGCCAUUGACUCCUUGUUUGAGGACAUUAAUUUCUACACUUCAAUUACCCGCAGUCAAUUUGAAGAAUUAUGUGCAGAUUUAUUUCGUGGUACACUAAGGCCCAUAGAGAAUGCUCUUCGUGACGCUAAAAUGGACAAGGCUCAGAUUUAUGACGUCAUUCUUGUCGGAGGCUCCACUCGCAUCCCCAAGAUCCAGAAUGUGGUUCAAGACUUCUUCAAUGGUAAGGAACUUAACAAGACCAUCAACCCUGACGAAGCUGUAGCUUGUGGUGCUGCCGUCCAGGCUGCCACCCUGCGUGGUGACAAGUCAGCAGCUGUGAAGAACGUUGUAGUGCUGGAAGUAACUCCCUUCUCCCUGGGCAUUGAAACUGCAGGAGGAGUGAUGAGUACUAUCGUCAGGCGCAACACAACCAUCCCCAACAAGAAGACAGUGUCCUACAGCAUCAACCAAACUAGUAUUGUAGUCGCAGUCUACGAGGGGGAGCGAGCCAUGACUAAGGACAACAAUCUUCUUGGGAAAUUCGAGUUGACUGACAUCCCUGCACCAUCAGGUGCAACCGAAAUCGAGAUAAUUUUUUGCAUUAAUCCUGACGAUGUGUUGGAAGUGUCUACCGUCGUCAAGAGUUCUGGCGAACCGAAGAAGUUGACCAUCAGCCACAACAAGGAGCAUCUUACCAAGGAAGAGAUAGACGGAAUGAUCCAUGAUCUUGAGAGAUACAAGGCUGAUGAAGAGAGAGAGAGAGAAUCUGUGUUAUCCAAGAAUGUGUUGGAAUCUUACUGUUUUAACAUGAAACGUGCAGUAGAAGAAAACCUCAAACAUAUACUAAUGGUGUGUGAUGACACCAUCAGUUGGCUGGACGUCAACGACCACAGGCAGAAGGAAGACUACUAUCAAAAGUACAGACAAACUCAGGAAGCUGUUGAUACCGCCCUAAUGAAGUUACUCUGAGAGGCUUAUAAUAAUGCCCCUCCCCCUUCCUCCCCCCCUUGACUAUCUAAAUAAAACACCUACAGCUUUUAACUCACUUCUCAGUAGGUUAUUUACAUUUAACUUUAACUUUCAAUAUAAUAAACUCGUUCUCCUUUCACGUGUUCAAUAGAGUCCUUAGAAUCUAUCCACACUGGUCGUCGACAUCUCGUAUAGUGUGGAGUCAGCUGUCCUGCUCUCCACCUUGUCCAAAAGACCACACAACCAACACAAACAACUUCCUCCCUUGAAUGUAUCAUAGUUGAUGUUUAGUGUAAUGGAUUGACUUUGAAUACACGUUUAAAAGACUUAGUUGUUGAAACAUAUAAACAACAAACCUUAAUUGAAAUGAGAAUAUAAAGAUUAUACACUGUUGGGUUUGUAUAACUACAGUGUCUAUGUACAUUGUUUAUAUACCUGUAUGAUCUAUGCACAUUGUUUAUAUACCUGUAUGAUCUAUGUACAUUGUUUAUAUACCUGCAUGAUCUAUG